CGCCUACACACAAGGAAGGCAUAUCGAAACAUACAAAAAAAAAAAAAGAGUCUUUGCAUAAUAUAAGCCCAAAGGCCGGGUUGUGAAGCUCUCCUCUCCGUGUCUCCCACCAGCCCUAGCCGUAUGCCCAAGGAAACCACAAAAAACAUUAUUAUAACUAUAAAUUAUUUACGGACAGAGAUUUGUCUUCCUGUGCCUCUCUCGCCUGUCUCGCCUCUCAAGCCAGACCCCUUUGAUUCGUAGCUCUCUCUCUCUCUCUCUCUAUCGUUCCUCGCGUGGACCUUUUUCGAAAAUUCUUAACUAAUUAUCAAAUCCCCGAAUCUCGCUGAGUUUUUUUUUUUAUAUUUUCCAGAUCUGUUAUCCGAUUUUGCGGUCUAGGUAUAUCCGCAAGAGCUUCUUCUUCUUCUUCUUCUUCUUCUUAUUUGUAAUUCAAACGCGAUUUUGUCAAUAUAUCGGCACUGCCCUAGGUUUUGUGUUACCAUAGGAAACCCUAGAAGCUCUUUGUUUAAUUGCUGUACAGAUCCAUCCCUAGACAGAGUUAGCGUUUUAGAGAUCGAGUAAAGGAAGGUUGUGAUGAUGAACAACAACAACCGAGGAGGAGGAAGGGGGAUUGGCGCUGGCCGUGGUGCCAUUAACCCUAACCCUAACUUCCAGUCCCGGCCGGGCUAUCAGCAGCCGCAGUACGUUCAGCGAGGCGGUUACUCCCACCAACAGCAGCAGUUUCAGCAAGCCACGUCUCAGCCUCGUCAAUACCAACAGCAGCAGCAAUGGCUUCCUAGACCCCAGAUCUCUAGCGGUAACACUAACGGAGGAGGAGACGCAGUCGUUGAAGUUGAAAAAACUGUUCUCUCCGACACAAAUUCGGAAGACUGGAAAGCGAGGCUAAAACUACCUGCGCCUGAUACUCGCUACAGAACUGAGGAUGUGACAGCCACUAAGGGAAACGAGUUUGAAGACUAUUUUCUGAAACGAGAGCUUCUAAUGGGAAUCUACGAGAAGGGUUUUGAAAGACCUUCUCCUAUUCAGGAAGAGAGUAUUCCUAUCGCCUUGACUGGUAGAGAUAUCCUUGCCCGAGCUAAGAACGGCACUGGCAAGACUGCCGCCUUUUGUAUCCCUGUCUUGGAAAAAAUUGACCAAGAUAACAACGUUAUUCAAGCUGUGAUCAUUGUUCCAACUCGAGAGUUAGCCCUUCAGACAUCACAGGUGUGUAAGGAGCUGGGGAAGCAUUUGAAGAUUCAAGUCAUGGUGACAACUGGAGGCACCAGUCUGAAAGAUGAUAUCAUGCGUUUGUAUCAGCCUGUCCAUUUACUCGUAGGAACUCCUGGAAGAGUUUUGGAUCUCACCAAGAAGGGGGUUUGUGUUUUGAAAGAUUGUUCUGUGCUCGCUAUGGAUGAGGCUGAUAAGCUUUUAUCUCAAGAGUUCCAACCUUCGGUGGAACAUUUGAUCAGCUUUCUUCCCCAAAAUCGCCAGAUUUUGAUGUUCUCAGCCACGUUUCCUGUCACUGUCAAGUAUUUUAAGGAUCGAUUUUUGACGAAUCCUUACAUCAUUAAUCUCAUGGAUGAACUUACGCUCAAGGGUAUUACCCAAUUCUAUGCUUUUGUUGAAGAACGACAGAAGAUUCAUUGCCUGAAUACACUAUUCUCCAAGCUGCAAAUUAACCAAUCGAUCAUAUUCUGCAACUCCGUGAACCGUGUGGAGCUCUUAGCUAAGAAAAUUACGGAGCUUGGGUAUUCUUGCUUUUACAUACAUGCAAAGAUGCUUCAAGACCACCGAAACAGAGUGUUCCAUGACUUCCGCAAUGGUGCAUGCCGGAAUCUUGUGUGUACUGACCUGUUCACACGUGGGAUUGACAUUCAAGCAGUCAAUGUGGUGAUAAACUUUGAUUUCCCAAAGAAUGCAGAAACGUAUCUUCACAGGGUUGGUCGAUCAGGAAGGUUUGGCCAUCUUGGUUUAGCUGUGAAUCUUAUCACCUAUGAGGACCGCUUUAACCUCUACCGGAUUGAGCAAGAGCUUGGAACGGAGAUCAAGCAAAUUCCUCCACACAUCGAUCAGGCAAUUUAUUGCCAAUAAGGUUGUCCGCCUUGGUGUCUUCUGUUAGGUCUAUCAGUAAUAAGUGGUUGGUUGAUGCAAUGUGUGGCUUAUCUAGGCGUGCAGGACAGCCAGAACCGAAAAAGUCUUCAUAUUCAUCCUCUUACCUUCAAAAUGUUUUCUUAGCGUCUUUCUUUGGUUUUCCCUUCUUUCCAAAUAAUCAACUACAUAAAGACAAGGCCUGGCAGGUGCGAAAUGCCGGGUAGUAGUGGAAGUGGGAGUAUUUUAUCUAGCUGUUUUUUUAAACAAGUCCUUUGGUACUAUGUUUUCCUAUCAUUGUCGUAGACUGGUCAGUGUUGUGAUGCGUCUUCAAGAAGCGGGUGUUUUCUUGGUUCUUUUACGCCUUGUUUGCAUGCAGCUUUUCCAACUUCAAUAAUAAAGUCUUCGAGACCUUAAGAUU